CACGUGUGGGGGGAGAAAGAUGGCGGCCCCGUGUUUGCCUCACGUGCUGGAGGCACAGUCUCUCUCACCGCCUUAUUGCGCUGGCGCGGCGGCGGGGAUCGGCAAAAUGGGACGUUGAAUUACAGAUUCGAGAUUCUCCGAGGGCGCUGAGAAUAGCCAUAGGCCUGGCUAUGGAGGAUGCCACUAUGGAAGGUAGCGGCUCUUCCUCGGAAACGAGUGAUAGUGAUACGGACAGUUCAUCUUCUACCUCAUCCUCUUCCUGUCUUCCAAUGCUCUCAGAUGAAGAUGUUGAUCAGCAAACUACAGAAAAGGUUCCACUGCCUAAAGAACCAGUUGAAGACGUUAAUAUAAUUCUACCAGAAUCUGUUGAACUGAUGUAUUUUGGGAAAGUUUCCAGCAUCAUUGAACACCUAGUAAUCAUUGAGUCACUUAAAGGGUUGCCUCCAGUGAAUGAAGAUACUGUUCUUUUCAAAGAAGAUCAUCAUUCAAUAGGAAAGAUCUUUGAAGUAUUUGGUCCUGUGUCACAUCCCUUUUAUGUGCUACAGUUUAAUGGUCCUGAGCAUAUUGAAACAAAAGGCCUUAAAAUGGAUGAGUCUGUAUAUUUUGCUCCAUCAGUUGAAAGCUUCACCCAAUAUAUAUUUCCAGAAAAAAUAAAACAAGAGAAAGGAUCUGAUGCAUCAUGGAAGGAAGAUGAUGAGCCACCACCAGAGGCUGUAGAGUUUAGUGAUGAUGAGAAAGAGCGAGCAGCAAAGCAAAAGAAGAAACAUAGAAAUGCAAGAAGAAAGAAGUUCAGAUCACAAGAUGAAUCUAAUGGGAAUGGAGGUGGUAACCAGCCUAGGAGGCAGUAUUCUGCAGAUUAUUCACGUGGAUAUCCUAGCAGAGAACAUAACCCCAGUUUUUCAACAAGCACACUUGCUCACCCAUCUGUUCCUCAGUGUUUGAGUCAGGAAGUAAAACCUCCGCAGCAGUACUCCGCUGACUGUACAGAACUUCAGAAGCCUUCAGCUUGCUGUCAUCAUCAGAGGCCAGAGAAUCCUAGCAUGCAACAAUAUUCCUUUCCUCCCCCAUCUUUUGGAACUGUUAAUAAUGAAGUAAAUCACUUUCCACCUCUAUCUGCAAUUUGGGGAUGGCCUUGUGGGUUUACCCAGCCUUGCACAGGAUUGGCUCAGAAUAUAUACGACCCAUUGUUGUCACUGCUGGCUCUACCACCGCCACCUCCGCCACCAUCACCCCCUCCGUCAUCUCCACCUAACAAUGCUAAUCCACCUUAGGUUAGGCUGUACUUUGACUUUCAGUGAUGUGGGAAAUUUAAAAUGUCCUUCCUAAAAGCGUUGUUUGCUACAUUUUCUUACAUACCUUAAAGGGCUUUCAAUUAUGUACAAAAAUGCAAAUUUAAUGUGAGUACUUCUCGGAAUAAAAGGUUUCUGUUUUUUAAUGUUAUGUAUAUUGAAUGGCUUAUUUUUAGGACACACUUCAGUCUAACUGAAAUAGUUCUGAUUUAAACAUAGCUAUCUUUUCCUCUCUAUAAUUCAGAUUAUUGGAAAAAAUGAACAUUAUUUUUUAUAAAUCUGCAUUUCCAUAUUGUAAUUCUAAUUGAUAUGUAUAUAAUUGUAUACCUUUUUGAGGAAUUUAAGGAUAAAAAGAUAAUCCAACAAGAAUAAAUGCAAAUAUAUUCACCUUUCAA